AUGGAUCCCACAGAGCAGCUGCGUCUUGCAGUACGAAACGCGGAGCAGCUUGCAGCCACUUUGCGUCAAGGCCGGCGCCCGCGGGAGGUCACGGUGGACCCCCAGGUUGCGACCUGUGCGACAGAAAUCCGCCAGAGCAUUCUGUUGAUGAAGCAGCCAGUCAGCACAGCAGUUGCAGGAGAUCUAGUCGCUGGCUUGUCUGCCUUUGCAAAGAUGAGGAUUCUUCAUGCUGACAUGCUGAAUAACCUCAAGGAUCUGCCACGCAAAACUUGGAUGGACAUGUCAGCUCCGGUGGUGGUGGAGGCAGUCACAUCUUACGCUCAGUUUCAACUGGAGGACCCAGACUUCAACCAGUUUCUGUCCGAUCUCCUGGUUUCUCGGGGUGUGCGCAGGAUGGGAGCAGCCAAGCUUGCCAACCUAGCCUACGCGGCGGCAACUCUGAACUUGGGGGCCUUCGAAGGGGUGCAUGCCCUAUUUUCGGAUGCCUUUGCGGCCGCCGCGGAAGCCGAGCUGGGACGGCUAGGCACCUUCGACCUCUCAAGGGCUCUCUGGUCUCUUGCUCGGCUGGCGCCGGAAGUCUAUGAGUCAGCGCCGCCUUGUGCCUCCCGGCUCUCGGAUGCGUUGCUUAGGCAGAGAAAGCUUCCCUUUGGCUACAGCUUGGGGCAGGUGCUCUGGGCUAUGCCAAGGCUUGGCUUGGACUCGGACAUCCUGUGGCGGAGGGUCCAAAAGACUGCAGGGAAGGAGGCUUUUGCCGAAAAGCUACGGCAGGCAAAGGAUGCCCCCACUCAAGUGGAGCUCUUGCGUGGCCUUGCAGAGAACGUCGAAGCUGCCGGUCUCCAGGCCGCGGUCCUAAAUGCCGCCGUGCUGCGCGCGAUGGCUGUGAGGGAUGAGGGAGCUUCCGCGGAGGAGAUCUUAGAACUGAUGGCGCUCAGGGGCCUCUGGACCCCCGUCACUUACCGCCUCGCUGCGAGGCUCGGGAGCUCCAUAAAGGGAUCGCCACCGGCACCGGGACUGACGCAGCCUGGCCAAAGGGCGCACAAGUAUGUUCGGGCACUGUACCAUGCAUUGGCAAGGGCCAAACCCGGCGAUGCUGCAUCGGCGGCAGCGGCGCUUGAGAGUUUUUCGAGAAGCAGCAAGCGAGCUUGGCUAAAGUUUGGUGCAGCAGACGAGAAGGGUGUGGUCCUGGAAGAGGCCUGGAGAAGCCUUGGACAGAGCCAAGGUAGCGGCUCAAGCAAAGGCUCAGGCAAAGGCUCAAGCAAGGGAAAGCCAAGCAAAGUCGGCAGGCCACUCUUGGCUCUGGAGUUUGGCACUUUUCUUGGCUACUCGGCAGCAAAGAUGGUCCGCCAGCUAGGUGCCGGGUCUCGUGUGAUCAGCUUCGAAAUGGAUCCAGAAGUCGCGUGCCUGGCCAUGAACUUUAUCGAGAUCGCAGGCCUGAGUGACGUGAUCGACGUGCGCAUCGGUCAGUGUGAGGACUUGGUUCAGGAUUUGAAAGCCGAGCUAGAUCCCGAAUCUGUCGAUGCGGUGUACAUGGACCACAAUCAGAUGACAUACCAUGCCGACCUGUCCCAGCUGCAAGAAAGCGGUCUCCUCUCUAAGGAGGUACUUUUUGCAGCUACACAGGCAUUGAAACCCGGUGCUCCCUUGCUACUUUGGCACCUCAAAGAGGCACAGAAGGCCGACGUCUUCUCAGAGCUAGACAUCGUCUCCUCUCCCGACUGUGGCUUCAAGGAGAUGGAAGAUUGGACCGUCCUUGCCAGAGCAACGAGGGCAAAAACGAGAAGCUUGAAGCGCCGGGUGAGUACCUCAAGACCUCCGCGCGAGCUGGUCCUCCUCGCUGCAGAGUGCAACCUGAUGCGCUGGCGCACGGCGCAAGGCAUGGUAGAUGAAGCGCGAUGGAACGAGUUCGUGCAGUAUGUGCGAGAAGGGAUGGAGAAAUUUGCGGGCAUCACGAGCACGCGAGACUACUGGCCGCAACCACAGCGGAGAGACGCGGCUCGGAAACACACCUACGAACGGCUCGACUACUGA